GCUCGCCUUCCUAGCAACAUGAGGCUCUAUUCCACCCCAGCAACUGCGCCACUAAUACUACCACCAGCAUCCGCGCCGCCGACCACCUUGAUUCUUGGGGAAGAACAUACACCUUUUGAUGGGUAUAUCUUGCUCAAUUUCGAAUGGAAUUCUUGUAUAUUAAUAGAGAUUAAGAUGUCAAACAUACCUACAUCUCUCUCUGAAGUAUGCCUUACUCUCUUCCGUUUAACCAUGUUUAUCGCUGACCCAUGGCCUUUUUCUUUAACCUUUCUAACAAAAGCCCUUUGAGAUCUUGCUUGCCAAGCUUAGGAAAAAAAUCCACUCAUAUACAAAAAAAAAACUCUUUUCUUAUUAUAAUCUCUCUCCCUCCCCAGGCAAGUCAUGAGAAAGAUAAGAGGCUUCAAGAUUGGAAAACGGGUGGUCAGGAUCUCCAAAUGGAUCUUCCGACGGACCCGUAGCCCAUCCAGUUACAAUCGGCUAUGCUCACCGGUACAAACAUGCAGGCCCAAGCCCCUAGCGAAGCUUAUCAACUGGGGUCGCCGCUUGACAGCAGGAGCAAAAUCACUAUGUUCCGCGAAACCCGGGUUGGGUUACAUCCCUGUGGGCGAGGAUCCUAUUCAGGAAAAAUCGGUGAAAGUGCCAAAGGGACAUUUGGCGAUCUAUGUGGGGCAAAAGGAUGGCGAUUUCCACAGAAUUUUGGUGCCCGUGAUUUACAUUAACCAUCCACUGUUUGGCGAGCUAUUGAGAGAAGCAGAAUAUGAGUAUGGGUUCAAUCAACAAGGUGGGAUCACGAUUCCCUGCCGAUAUUCGGAGUUUGAGAGCGUCCAAACCCGGAUCGCAUCAGUGUCGGGUGGGCGUAAGCUGGCGUGGAAACGCAGCCAUGAUUGAGAUGGUUUAUCAGAUGAUGACGAUAAUAUGCGUAGGUGAUGGUGAUGUUUAUAAUUUUUAACAAUGUAAUAUAUACAUAUAACUUCUCAAAGGCUUCUCCUUUUGUUUUCUUUUUUUUUUCUCUGGUGGUUGUAAAUUGAUGAAUGGUUUUGUCAUUUAGUUUGAUGGUACGAUUACAUGA